AUGUUUUUAUUGAGUUUUAUAGUUUUAUUAAUUUUGAUUUUAAUUUCCGUAGCUUUUUAUGUUCUUUUAGAACGAAAGGUAUUAGGGUAUAUUCAGGCCCGUAGGGGCCCCUCGAAGGUAGGUUAUAUAGGUAUCUUACAGCCUUUUAGAGAUGCUAUUAAACUUUUUUCUAGGGAGUCUUAUUAUUUAUAUUUUGGAAAUUUAACAAUUUAUUAUUUGAUACCCUUAUUAGGACUUUUAAUUUCCUUAAAUUUAUGAUGUUUAUAUCCUUUAUCAUUUAAUUUCUUAAGUUUUCCUUUAGGUUUAUUAUUUUUUAUUGCUUGUUCAAGUUUUAUGGUGUAUAGAAUUUUGUUAUCUAGAUGAUCUUCUAAUUCAUCUUAUUCACUUUUAGGCUGUAUACGUUCAGUUGCUCAGAGUAUUUCUUAUGAAGUUUGUAUAUUUUUAAUUAUAUUUAAUUUUAUUUUUUUUUUUUAUGGAUUUAAUUUAAUAAAGUUCUUUUAUUCUCAGCAAUUAAAUUGAUUUUUAAUUAUAGGAUAUCCAUUGUUUUUAAUUUUAUUUGCUUGUGUACUAGCAGAAACUAAUCGUUCCCCAUUUGAUUUUUCUGAAGGUGAAUCUGAAUUAGUUUCUGGGUUUAAUACAGAAUAUAGUUCUUUUAAUUUUUCGUUUAUUUUUUUAUCUGAAUACACUAAUAUAAUUUUUAUGAGACUAAUUUUAGUUAUAAUUUUUUUUGGGGCUGAUUUUUUUUCUUUAAUCUUUUUCCUAAAGGUUAUAUUUAUAAAUUUUAUUUUUAUUUGGAUUCGUGGUUCUUUUCCUCGUCUUCGAUAUGAUAAAUUAAUAAUAAUUUGUUGAAAAAUUUAUUUACCUGUAGCCCUACAUUAUUUUUUUUUUUUCCUAAAUGUAAUAAUUUUAAUCUAUUAG